CCGCGAGGAGCGCCCAGGGAUAUGACUUCCCAGAAGCUGCGCACGCAAGGCACAGCUCCGCACGCAAGGGGGAGGCGACAGCAGAAGAAACUUUUCAACCCAACAAAGUCGCCCCCUCCUCCUCCUCCUCCUCCUCGUCUCCCCAGUUCGGGUCCCUAGCUCCAAGAAUCUCCGGAGCGCCUAGCCGGUCCUCUCCUCCCCGCCCCCUUGUUCGCCGCAGCUUGGCUCCUUGCCCUGCACAACGACCUGGUUGCUGCCAGCUCCAACCCGUGCGCUCCAGCGGGCGGCGCCACCUGGAGUCUUUUCCGAAAGAGAAUCUCAGAGCCAUCCGCGCCCGGAUUGAGCGCUGGCUUUUUGUGUGCCCAAGAUGAUCUAGGUCCUGGAAAGGAGCGCUGAGGGUUUCUGAUCUUGCAAAAGACGAAAAGAGAACGUUGUGUGUCAAAGUACCACAACGGAGAGGUCAAUUAGGUUGCGAAAAAGGUAGACUAAAUAAAAUAAGGCUAACCACCGCAACAACUCGAGCUUUCCUCUUUCCCAAACAGACAGGUUUCCUUUCCCUGCUAGGGAUGCUCAAGGAUCGGGAGCAAUUGUGUCUCGGAGAACCAAUCCUAAGUCACCGAGAGGAAAAAGAGGUCUAGCUUUCGGGGUGUGGGGUGUCCUUGGGCUAAUGCUUGUGCCAAGAGCAUUCUGUCCCCAGUGAGGGUCUGGAGGAAACCUUGAGGCUUAGACUGGGAGUUAACUGUGAUGAAGAGCCGUUAGGAGACAAAUGAAAAGUUCACACUGUCGCUCCCAAGGCCUCUAGCUACUCUACUGCUGCACCGCUGUCGGAGCGCGCCGCGCAGACGCCUUGCUGGACCACCCAGGCGCGCAGACUGGAAUCGGAUUCCAAGCCCAGCAGUGGAGACCCUAACCGCGAGCCCCGCCCCCACAAGCCCCGCCCCUCCAGGUCCCGCUUCCUCCUCGCUCUACAGCCCUUAAAACCCGGAGAAUCAGAUGGCGCGUGUAGUUUUUGGAGUGUGUGCAAACACCUCGGCGACGCCAGCUGUGAGAGCCGCCCGGGGGACAUGAGGGCUGGGAACUGACUCCACUCAUCAAUCUCCUGCUCCAUUCCAACGCUCUGAGAAAAUCCUGACUUUCUCAGAGCCCCAGGUGCAGCAGGGCUCCGCAAAGGAGGUACCUUUUUCCGUCCCCAUCCCAGUCCAAGGGCUCUUGGUUCUGUGGACACCAAGCGACUCCAAAGUGAGUGCUAAAGCUCCCAGAGAGGGCAAGAGGUGUCCAGGAAGGACUUCCAGGUUCCUGUCGACUCUCGGGUUGACGUUCUACCCUCAGCCCCUUUUUGGAGCCGGUCGUCCCGCGCCGCUGGAAACCGCACCUCCCCGCAGAGCUUGGUGUAGGUGUGGGAAGAGGUGUCUUCCGCCACUUCUCCAGAGAGCCAGCCCCGUCCAGACCUAUGGAUGGCCUCCACUUCACCCAAAGGUUCGACAGUUGGGAAAGGAGCGUGGGGAGCCCUCUCCUUUCUCUUCACACUGAGUGUCACGCCUUUGCCUUUCUGUCCCCAGCAUGGCCACGGGCCUCAGCCCAGAUGAUCCAUGGCAGCUGAGCGCGCUGUCUGUCCAGCAGUCUACGCUCCUGCUGCUCCUCUCCGUGCUGGCCGCGGUGCACGUGGGUCAGUGGCUUUUGAGGCAGCGGCGGCGGCAGCCCUGGUCCUCGCCCCCGGGCCCCUUCCCAUGGCCACUGAUCGGAAACGCCGCGGCAGUGGGCCGGGCGUCGCACCUGUCUUUCGCACGCCUGGCGCAGCGCUAUGGCGACGUCUUCCAGAUCCGCCUGGGCAGCUGUCCGGUGGUGGUGCUGAAUGGCGAAAGCGCCAUCCACCAGGCCCUGGUGCAGCAGGGUGCCACCUUUGCUGACCGACCGUCCUUUGCCUCCUUCCGCGUAGUGUCGGGUGGCCGCAGCCUGGCUUUCGGCCAUUACACCGAGCAGUGGAAGGCGCAGCGGCGCUCGGCGUGUAGCAUAAUGCGCGCCUUUUCCACGCGCCAGCCGCGCAGCAGGCAUAUCCUCGAGGGCCACGUGCUGGGUGAGGCGCGCGAGUUGGUGGCACUACUGGUGCGCGGCAGCGCUGGAGGCAACUUCCUCGAUCCCACGCAGCCCAUCAUCGUGGCGGUGGCUAACGUCAUGAGCGCCGUGUGCUUCGGCUGUCGCUACAAUCACGACGACGCCGAAUUCCUCGAGUUGCUUAGCCACAACGAGGAGUUCGGGCGCACAGUGGGUGCCGGCAGCUUAGUGGACGUGCUGCCCUGGCUGCAGCAUUUUCCCAACCCACUGCGCACCACUUUCCGCGAGUUCGAGCAGCUUAACCGCAACUUCAGCAACUUUGUCCUGGAUAAGUUCCGGAAGCACCGCGAACGUCUUCGUCCUGAGUCCACCCCCCGCGACAUGAUGGAUGCCUUCAUCCUCUCCGCAGAAAAGAAGGUAUCUGAGGACUCGGGAGACGGUCUCGCGCGGCUGGACUUGGAGAACGUGCCGGCCACUGUCACCGACAUCUUUGGAGCCAGCCAGGACACCCUCUCCACUGCGCUACUGUGGCCGCUUAUCUUCUUCACCAGGUAUCCUGACGUGCAGGCUCGCGUGCAGGCCGAAUUGGAUCAGGUGGUGGGGAGGAACCGCCUGCCCUGUAUGGGUGACCAGCCUAACCUGCCCUAUGUUAUGGCUUUUCUCUACGAAACCAUGCGAUUCUCCAGCUUUAUGCCUGUCACCAUCCCCCACGCCACCACCGCCAACACCUUCGUUUUGGGUUACUACAUCCCUAAGGACACGGUGAUUUUUGUAAACCAGUGGUCUGUGAAUCAUGACCCGGUGAAGUGGCCUAACCCGGAGGACUUUGAUCCAGCCCGAUUCCUGGACAAAGACGGCUUCAUUAACAAGGAGCUGGCCAGCAGCGUCAUGAUUUUUUCCGUGGGCAAGCGGCGGUGUAUCGGCGAAGAGCUGUCUAAGAUGCUGCUGUUUCUCUUCAUCUCCAUCCUGGCUCACCAGUGCAAUUUCAAGGCCAACCAAAACGAGCCCUCGAAAAUGAGCUUCAGUUAUGGCCUGACCAUUAAACCCAAGUUCUUUAAAAUUCACGUCGCUCUCAGAGAGUCCAUGGAGCUCCUUGAUAGUGCUGUCCAAAAGUUGCAAACUGAGGAAGCUGGCCAAUGAGAAGCCAGAAAGCAAGCCGGGAUGAGGAGGGGGAUGAGGAGGAAAAUUUAGUGGUUUGUUUUGUUUCCCCCUACUAAUUCCUCUUUGAUGCCACUUCUCAAUUAGCCUCUAAGAUGUAUGUAAAUCAAGAAGCCUGUAGGAGAGGCUUGUUCCCCACUGAGUAGCUCCUUGUGAGGUGCAGGAGCUCUGGGAAAAGUUUUUGAAUCACAGAGUCACAGGGCCCAAGGAGUUUAUAUUGGAUCAUGGUAAUAAUAAUUUCUUAAGGAAGGGAGUAUUCUUUGGAGUUAACAGAUACAUAUACAUAUGCACACAGUUAUCUAAUGAAGUAUUUCAGUAAUUAUGCCUUUUUAGUGGAUCCGAGGUUGAGCCUCUAUGUGCAGAAAUCAUUUUCAUAGAACAUUGUACUAAGCAAAAUUUCAGGAUAUAUUGAAGAUGCAAAGGCAAGUGAUUUCAGUGUAAGGUAUAUGACUGAGGGUGAUAAGGGAAAAUGUAAAGACCAGAAAUUCCCUUCUUACCUUUUUAGCAAAACGGCUUAGAAAGACUGUAGUACCGCUGGGUAGAUUUAACUUUUUGCUUCCCUACUUCAGGAUGAAACAUAAAGUCAGUUGCUUAAAAAGAAAUUAAUAGUUGAAUUAAUUAUUGGAGUGCGUUUCAGAGAUUUAUCAUGAAAUUUAAAGUGUAAAUUAUUUGACUACAAAAUUCCAAGCUGAACUUGUACCUCUCUCUUGGUUGCCAAGGUACAGUGUUUCAAUUUUGAGAAAAAAAAAAUAUUUGCCAUUUCAGCUAAACUUUCAGUUAUAUGAUUGUAAUGUUCUGAUGUCAGCAAGUAUUAUAAGCUAAAAAAAAACCACCCAUGUCACCGAAUAGUAUUUAACAUAUAUGUAUAUAUACAUAUCUAUGCACAGAUAUAUACACAUUACAAAAUCGUUCAUAAACAGUAUGUUAAUAUUAAUUAUUUUGAUCAUGAAAAGGUGGAAUAGUAUGUCUCAUAUUAUAUUGAAAAUCAAAAAGUACAAUCAGUUCAACAAGGUAUGGUUCCAAUAACUUAAAUAAGCAUGAUUAAAUCAACCACAUAUUUUUUUGACAUGAAAAACCAAGUCAAAGCAAGAUUUCUUUUCUCAUCCAAGUUUUAAACAAUGAACAGAUCCCAAAAUUAGGUUAGUAAGAUGUAUUCUUAUUUUAUAAUGUUUUAUUAAAAUUGUAUUCACAAUAUAGUUUCUCCUUUUGAAAUUGAUGCAGUUAAUACGUUGAAAUUUCAAACUCUUAGCAUGUUAAAUUUUAAGUUAAUUUUAAGUCCUUUUUGAUUACUGAGUUCCAAUUGAAACUAUUAGGAAUCUGACAAUCAUUUGGAAAGCGAGACAAGCUAACAUUUGCUGGGAGGAGAAUGAAAAUACCAUGAAUUAUCUGGAUGUUCUCUUUCAUAGGUAACAAGGGCGGAAUUCCCAUUAUAACUGAUUAGUUUCUCUUUUAAGUGAUUAAGCAGUUUAGCAUUGAUGUUUGUUUUUUUAAAUGUCAGAAUCAGGAUCAGCCUCUUUGGAGGCUGUUUUGAGAGGGGCACUCUAAGACACAGGAGCUGAUCACAUCGGUUGUGUUAUUUGGGAUAAAUUGCUUUGGGAGCUGAAAAAAAAUGAAACUUGAAUAAAAUGUAUGGAUUAUGAAAUAACCUGAAAACAUUUUUUUAAAAAGAGAUGGAAAGAAUACAAAAGUAUACAAAGGAGGUUUCACAUUUUUAUUUUCAUUGCAAUGGAACUUCCAAAACAAGUUCUACAGAAUCCUGAGAGCUUACUGUUUGCUCUCUUUAAUUAAGCUUUUUUUUUUUUGAAUUUUAAAAUCAAAAUUCAAAGGAAGGAGUGUACAAUGGUUUAAUAUGUGGGUGGUCGGAAGAGAAUCAGAAAGAUGGCUAAGCAUCUUCCCACCGUUCCAGAUUAAUUUAACUAAAGCACAAAAUUUGAAGCAUGAACAUUUAGGAAAAAAAGAUGUUUGGUGUGCCAGCAUUAAAUCUCUAGAUUUUUUAAAAAAAUCUGUAAUAUAGCAGAUCUAUUUUGUAGUUUGGAAUAUCAUAUUAAUACAAUUUUUUAUUUUAAAAUUUCAUAAUUAUAUCUUUUGAAGAUGAAAAGUUGUGCCAGUAUUUUUAAAGGCAUUAAAGCUAAUUAAACAAAUUAGGCUUACCCAAUACACUUCAGUUUUUAGGCACUAUUUCAAAAAGUUAUGCCCCAGCAGACAAUAAUUCUGGCCUCCUGUAGCCAAUUUAUUCUGAGAGAUGUGUAAUAGCAAAAAUAUUAAGGCACUGAUCUGGAUGCCUCAUUACCAACCAGGUCCAGAGUGUGAUCACCUGUUGUUUUUUUUUUUUUUAUAUUGAGCUCAGUUGUCCCUGGAUGCUUGAGGGAAAGGGAAAGCCGGGCUUAUAUGAGAAAACCUAGGUGCUUGGAGGUUUCCUGUCUUAUUUAGUAUGUUUAUAACCUAGUUAAAGGAAGGAAAAUAAAACCAAAAAUGAAUAAAAAUAACCAAAUUUGGUGACUAUGGUAAUCAGAUUACUGGCUUAAUCAGAAAACCUCAUUUUAUUUCUGCCAGAGUUAGUUAUUUGCUGAUCACCAUUAAAGUCAGAACAUCUACUUCAGGUUAUCAUAGUAGUUAAAGUAUAUUGUUUAUUAAAUGCCUCACUUAUAUGUUAAAGCUUUGACUGUGUAAGAAAUGUUUUUUUUCCAAAAUAAAAAAGAUGUCUCAGGUUUGUUUUGUGUAUUAUCUAAAAGCUUUCAUGUCCCAGAACUUAGCCUUUACCUGUGAAAUGUUACCACACCCUUAAUAUUUUCAUAGUAGAUCUAUAUUAGAUCAAAUAGUGGCAUAGCAAUAUAUAUUAAUUUGUAUGUUUUUAGCUGUGACACAACUGUGAUAGAAAAGUAUACUUUAGUAGAUGUGAUUAUAACUCAAGAAUAACUCCUUAUUUAACCUUUUCAUAUUUUUAUACUUUAUCAUGUAUGCUUUUAGUGUAUACAUAUAGCAGCUAAGGAACCUAGGUGUAACCAAAAUAGAUUCUGGAGACAUAACAUUAAUAUAUAGCUUUUACAGUUUGAUAUACCAAAUUAAAAAAAAUGUAUCUGGGAUUAUCUAUAAUGGGACAGUAUUACCAAAAUAAUAAAAAUCACUUUCAUAAUCUUAUGAAAUUUCAUUUCAUGUUGUAAUGAAGAUAGUUAAAUGUAUCCAUUUAUUUCUACUAUUACUAUAUAUCCUUGAAUAAAAUAUUUCAUCAUAA